AUGGGAGAUCGUCGGGUGCUAGGUUUGGUUCUGGCAAGGUCUGGCUCAAAAGGUGUACCGUGCAAAAAUCGUAGAAUGAUAGCCGGCCGGCCGAUGAUCAGUUGGGUUCUGAAGCCGAUGCAACACUGCAAGCUCAUAGAUGAAGUUUGGGUUUCAACCGACGACGAACAGACGGCAGCGAUCGCCCGUAGUGAAGGAGUCAACGUUUUCAUGCGUGGAGAGCGCUGCGCGACGGACGAAGCAAGCAGUGUCUCAGCUGUCGACGAGUUCCUCAAGCAGAAACCCGAUUUCGAUUUCGUAGUUCUCGUGCAGUGUACGGCUCCAUGCCUCCAUCCUUGCUAUUUGGACGAAGGUCUCCAACUGGUGCUCAACGGCGCAUACGAUUCAGUUUUUUCGACAACCCGCGAUUUCAAAUGGCGAUGGACAGAAUUGGGGAGCGACGGCACAACGAGACCGCUGAAUUUCGACCCAGCCGUUCGGUUGUGUCGGCAACAGUGGGCUGGAGAAAUAAUCGAGUCAGGGCAUUUCUACAUAACUCGAUGUCCGCUGGCGAGGAAUGGGAUCCUGCAGGGCGGUCGGUGUGGUUUUGUGGAGAUCCCGAGCCAUCUAUGCGUCGAGGUGGACAGCGAUGAGGACUUCGCUGUGGCCGAACAGAGGUUGCAGAAGUAUGGCUACAAAGACAACGAGGUGGUGCUAGAUGCUCCGAGAGAAUUUCAGUGA